AUGAAGGCAUCGAUCCUCUGGACGCUGUUGCCUGUGGUGGCGACAACCACCAACGCCUUGCACGUUCCCAUCAAGCCUCGUGACGACCAGUUCCGGUUGACCACUCCAUCCCCGGACGCCGACACAUCGUCACACAAGAUUGCUACCACCACUACUCCGUUCGAUGAGCGUCCUCUUGCCUCGGCGGAGGAUAUCGUCUUCGCCGACACUACAGAGUCUACCGGGGACUGGCCUUGUCACCUCCACGGAUGGGUACGCGCCCCCGACCUGCAGCCCGAUACUGUUAUUCCUGCCGAGGCUCGACUCGUUGUCAAUGGUACAAAGUGCGAUAUGAUCACCAAGUGGCAAGUGGGCCUUAGGUUCAAGGAACGCGCAGUCAUCAAGAGGAAGGCUGACGGUGCGGAACUCCCGUCUCGUCCGGAGCCGUUCUUCAACGCGACGAACUGGGCCUGGGCCUCUGGUGGGGAUCAGGACCGGUGGGGAAUGUUCAGCAAAGGUGGUGGUGGUUUCGAAAUGAAUGCUGAGAUGGAGAAAUUCAAUGCUCAGCGAGCUCAGUAUACGAAGGACGUCAACGACCCCUCCCUGUGGGAUGUGCACGGCGUCGAGCGCGAUGUCUUUGACACUACUAUUGAACUGAGCCCACCCGUCCCCGAUGCUGAGUCGUGGCUGGACACUGUCCGCCCCUUUGUUAUCCACAUGCCCAACACCAAUUUUCCCGCCAUUGAGGUGCAACACCACAUGUUCAGUGUGAAUGACGGAGCUUUAACCACGUUGGAGACCCUCCUGGAGUACUACUUUAUUGUCACGCUGUCCAACCACGUUGUUAUUGAGUUACCCGUGGCGCAGACUGCCUUCCUGCCCAGACCGGUCGAGGUGCCGGCGGAGGUCGACCUGUGGCCCAAGACAGUGAGGCCAGAGUCACCUCGCAUCAAGUAUCCCGAAGACGACUUUAGGAGCACCACGCCCAGCUGUGACAACGGUAGCCUGGCCGAGUUCCAAGUCUCCUUUGACAAGGUUUCGACUGGACCGAUUAUGCAAGGAACAAACAUCACUCUGAACGUUACCGUAACCCGCACUGGUAACGGCUCAGAGUACCCGGCGAAGUUGGAGGUUUUCCAUCUGACCAACCAUACCUACACCUGGGCCCGCGAUCAAGUCAAGUCUGAAGAAGAGUUCAACAGCGUGGCUCGCAACCACCGCGCCUACGAGCACUACAAUGGAGUUCAAUUCACCGAAAUGCUCAUGGCCGACGACUACGCUACGCUUCACGCACGCCGUCAGCUUCAAGCCGACCGUAAUGCGGGAGUGUUCACUGUCCAUUCCCAGCACAGCACCUACGUUUACGACUUUGAUCUGACCAGUGAGACAGCCCGGGACUCUUACAACUUUGAAAUGGAGGUGCACAUCCCAUUCAAUGAAAUGCCCACUUCGAAAAGUACUUUCGAAAGCAUCAUCCCGACGCUGGGCUUUUCCCUCAACACCCAGUUCCUUUGUGUGCCUCCGCCCAAGAAGAACUCGCAGUGGCCUGUCUGGGUCCCGAAGAUGGCCAUUCCGGAAGAGACCACGUCCACCAAUGACGACUGGACGGCGUAUACGGUCCCUUCGCUUGUGACUAAAGAGUCGGACGGAUCAGAGGGUAGGAGGUCACGGGUAGGACACCUCGGCAACGUCAGCAUCAACGUCGUGCCGUCUCUCGCAUCUACCAACCCAGCGCCUGUCCACUACAUUGACCCCGAGGCUCGUGGUCCUGUACUGUCGCUGCACGCCUCGGACAUUGUCGAGCACGCCCCACUCGGCGCCGUGCGUCCUGAACUCGACCACGAGCUCCGCCAGUGUCGUUGGUCUUACCCGUGUGCCCAACAUGCCUACACCUGCCUCCAGCCGCCGUGUGGCGGACAGGGGAAACACGCAGCCAUGUUGUGGAUGCGCAAGGAGGCACUCGACAACGGGGAGGAGGUCGGCGAGCCAGAGCCAGAGCGCUUCGGCCGCCCCGGUAUGCGGAUGGCAGCUCCGCGAGCACCGCUCAGAUGGCUAGCUGGCAGUAUACGACGAGGCCUGCACACCUCGGGCCUGUCAUGCAUCAUUGUCGACCCCGUUUCAUUGGGUUUGGGAAUUAGGGACAAGGACAAGCACAGAGUCAAAGAUGCAAUGCCCGAGGCAUUUCAACGCCAAGUCGAGUCGAGACUCCUCAAACAAGGCAUCAGUGCCGGCAGUAUCUUUGCAGCACGUUCAGCACUCAAGUUUAUGACCCUCGAAGAAUACGCCGCCACCGUCUCUCCGGAACAAUUCAAACUUGAGACGGCCAACGAGUUUUGGAGAGAGUGA